AUAUCAAACAUAUUACGUGCAUACCAUAUUCUCCAACAGGACAGGCCAUUGUAGAAAGAGCCAAUGGAACGCUAAAACAAUAUUUAGAGAAAUUUAAGGAGAUCACAGAUGCUAGGGAAAGGAUAGACAAAGUAUUAUUUGUAUUAAACUACCUGUGCAUAUUUGGUGAGGAUGAUGAGCCACCUGCAAUUCGUCACCACUUGGUGGACCGAAAGAAUAAUAAUCAAAGCAUGAGAGUUAGAUAUCGAGACAUGAAAACAGGUCAAUGGCUAGGGCCAGUCGACGUAAUUUAUAUAGGUAGGGGUUAUGUGUGUGUCUCUUCCCCCACAGGUCCUGUCUGGGUCCCUAGCCGCUUCGUGAGACCCGCCGUCGAAGAAGGAACAGCAGAAAGAGGACCCCAACAUGAUCGAGAGAAGAAUGAUCAGUGCGACGAUGCUGGGCUUGAUACUAAUGGCCACCAGAGUACACACCAUAACAAAGAUCAGUCCACAUGACAAUAUGUGGGUCACUUGGGCUAAUCAAACAGGUCAAUCGGCAUUUUGUCUGUCCCUGGCUACUGCCAGAGACCCCUUCCGAACCUGUCUUUUUGGGGUCCCCAUUGGAGAUCCUACGGAGUUACAAUCAUUGUUCAAAGAAUAUGUUAAUGUAAGCGCGGGUUCCUUUUACUAUUAUUGUAAUGGCACUAAGUUUACCGGAGAUGGAACAAUUGAGAAUCUGAUUUGUAAGAAUGAUUCGACAGCAAACAAUGUGGUGACACUACUAAAAAGAUUACAUAAAACGUUGCCCUGGGACCCGCAAGAAUUAGACCUUUUGGGUUCGGUGGCCGUUGGUAAUAGCAGCCAAAACUGGACUCGAACAUGUUUUAUACUAAGGACUGGAGGCCAGCGAGGACAGUGGACCAAUAUUACAAGCAAGACAUAUGGGUUUGAUCCAGAGGGACCAUACUGUGGGUAUAAUGACAGCAGCGACAAUGUCACUGUGUUCGGGGCCAGGGUAACCGCUCGGGUUGGUCUUCGGGGACCUAAGGCAUUACCCCCGGGAAUAUUCUUAAUUUGCGGGGACAGGGCAUGGCAGGGAGUACCAGCUAACCCAAUGGGGGGUCCCUGUUACAUAGGCCGACUAACACUUUUCGCUCCUAAUCUACACGAUCAACAAUGGUUAAAUUUAACUCGAGCAAUGCAGAUUUAUAAACGAUCCAAGCGUAGUCUAACGACAUUAGGGUCUGACUGUAAAGAUGAUGUGCAGUUGUGGGGCCCCGCAAAAAGGAUUUUCGCUGCGGCUUUAGCGCCAGGAGUAGCAGUUGCUCACGCUAUGACUAAUUUAGGAAAGCUUGCUUGCUGGGCUGUUAAGCAAUCAAAUGUUACAACAGAAAUAAUUACUGAAUUGUCACAAGACAUGGACAGCUUGCGGCAUGCCGUACUGCAAAAUAGAGCUGCUAUUGAUUUUUUGCUAUUAGCACAAGGACAUGGAUGUGAAGACUUUGAGGGAAUGUGUUGCUUUAAUCUUUCGGAUCAUGGCCAAUCAAUCCAUGACCAGCUAAAGUGGCAAAAGGUUCACACUCAGAAGGUUACGAUAGAGAAUGACUGGUUUGAAGGUAUAUUUAGGAGGUUAUUCGGCAAUAUUGGAGGUUGGUUUAUGGGACUGAUCAGAGAAGGUUUACGCAUCUUGCUAAUAAUCAUACUAAUCAUAAUUGCCGCGAAAAUAAUCUUUAGUUGCUUGACCAGAAAGCUUGAACAGCUAUCGGAGAAGGUUUUUCUGAUCCAAAAUAAAAACGGGGGAAUUGUAGAGGAAUGGCUUGAGCGUAGAGGUCACCUAAACAUUGAGCAAUUAGAUGAGGACGAUCUUGCCAAAUACCGCACACCGCUAGUAUAAGAUUAGGCUAACCGUAAAACAUAAGGCUUGCAGCUGACAGCUGUAAAAGGGAUAGAAGAACAGUGUCCUUGGAGCAAGGAAUACAGUGUCCUUGGGGCUAUAGUUAGCUCUAAAAAGAGAACUUGUGGUUUUAGCUGUCUGCACUA